AUGGCGUCACCUAUGCGAGCGCCUGACCUGGCAAAGGCUCAUCCGCUGUUCGCAGGAGAGUCGCCCACAAGGUCACCAGGACCAUCUUCACUAGUCAACCGCCCUAUUUGGGGUCAACGCAAGGCAGUUCCAAUCGACUACAGCGCUGAUUCUCACUCGGCUGUUCCGCGAGGCUCAGUCAGUCGCACCUCUUCCUACCAGAACGAAGCGAGCUCAUCAACAUCAAGCCUACGUCCUGCUCCAGUCGACGACCAUGUCUUCUACUCGCCAAAUGGUGCCGAUGCUACCUCCCAAACCGCAUCCUACAUUCCACGCACCGGUCGGGUCAGUAGCUACGACCUUCAGUUCGAUGAUGCAGACGAACCAUCGCUUCUAGAUGACUCCCUCUUUGGUGGUCCUGCGCCUGGAUCACCACAACUCUUUGAUCGAGAUAUCCCAGCUUCCAGAGCGACAAAGCAAUCUACACUAUACAGCUCUGCUUCGCCCUCCCCGAACCAAACGCCCAUGCCCAAGGCUCGACCCAGCUCACCUUCUAGCAGAAGACAAGGAGCACUAUCGCCCUCGCAUGGCCAUAGAAGACGCAGUCCUACACCAAGUGAUUCGCGCCGCUCCACCACCGCCAACAGCAAUGGAGGCCGCGUGCAAGUUUUGGCGCGAGAGGUCGAAUUCCCGCUCGACUGGUUACAGCAGCUUCAUCGCUUGGCUGAUAGUGAGCUCGAGUCUACUCUUUCUGGUCCUCUACCUCAUCGUCCGUUGGCUACCAAGCAGCCACGCGAGUCAACGCCUGUCAAGUCUUCCGACCUCAAUGCACGCAACAAGGACUCAAAGCCACAAGCCUACGCCAUUCAACUCACCAAGGCGCUAUCGCGUUCCCUUGCAGAAGCACACGCUGAGCUCGACAAGCUCUGUCUUGCGACGGAGAAGGAGCGUGCUCAACAUGCAGAAGCAAUAGAGCAUAUGCAGCAGCGUAGCGAGUCACGAGAAGUCGCCCUCACUGGCCUCUGCCUCGAACACGGCAUCAAGCAAGGACAGAUCAACCGCAGUUUACUGCGAGCCCCUGUCCUGGACGCUCAAGUGCUCAAACGCAAACGCAUUGCCGAACAACAACAGAGUCUCGCACAGGAGAAAGCUGGCGUCGAACCGCCACCCGAAGCAACGACUCGUGCUCUGCCCGACUCUUUGCAAGAAGCUAUGCUGGAGGAUCUCGAAGGUCUGGCCAACACUUCGGCCCUUGCUCGCUCUCCAUCCCUGAAGCCAGCAAGCGUCCACAGCGCUACUCAUCCACCACAGUCAGAACGUAGCCCUUCCAUGCGGUCUCACGAGACCACCGCCUCAGCAAAUGCUGCACUCUCAGGUCAUCAGCGCGGCAAGUCGUUGUCCAUCUCGAUCGCUUCCACCCGCGAUAAAGAUGACGACGAACGAAGCGUCAGGUCGUCCGCUGCUUCCUUCGACGACAGCCUCAGCACAAGCCCCUCCUCCCGUCACAGAUCUGCUGCCCUCAAGUCUUCUCCACAAGCUCCGGCAUCUCCGCAGCCGCUUCACAAAGCGAAAGCCUCCCAGGCAGCUUCUCCUCGCGCUAGAUCCACCUCCUCCAGCACUUCACUCGGUGGUGGUCUGGGCGGCUGGGCAAGUGGUCUCCUGCCAUGGUCCGGCGGUGGCGACUCACGCAAAGCGGCUCCGAGUACGGCACCAAGUAUGGUAAAAGCGACCAGCCCUGGCAGGCAGGAGAUGGCUCAGUCUGCCGCCGCGGCCAGUGAGGCUGCGGGUAAGCGCUCAGUCAGUGCCUCCAAGUCUUCAAAGGCCGCCUCCGCUUCCACUUUUGCCCGAGCCUUUGGUCGCUACGCACGCUCAUCACCAGCGCCUGAAUCGCCUCCUGCGGCCAAACAGCCGAAUGUGACCCGUCUGCCUGACACCUAUCAGUUCGACCGUCGUAGUACCGAUCAAGCCAACUCGCCCGGUGUCGCUGACGAGAGCACCGUUCUUGGCGCGCCUUCGCCGCGACCACCCAGUGCUGCAGUGGAGUUGGAGCCCAUCUUGCCCAACGAUGCAGCGCCUCCUACACUCAUCUUCCGCAAAAAGAAGGGAAGAAAGAGUGCGUCAGGAUCGGCCGGCCUGGGGAUCUCCUCCUCCAGCAGCAGCAACAGUAUCGAAGAGAAAGCAAAGGUUGCUAGCACAUCUGUUGCCAGCAGCAGCAGCAGCAGCAUCAAAGGAGCUGCCAAGCAGGCAUCCGCUGCGGACACACCGACCUCAGCCAAGCAGAAGCGUGCCGCUCGACUCAGCACACUCGACGAGGAGGAAAGUUCUGGAGACGAAUUCGAAGUGUACGGCGGCAAAGCCCCCGUGCCAGGAUUUACAAACAUAGCUGAGAAUGCUCCUUCAUCAACAUCAGCAUCUGCAACAACGAACCCGACGGCAAUGGCAGCAGACUCGUCCAUCGUCAUUCGUCCAGCAGAAGACUCGGACUUCGACAGCAGCCUCGAAGAAGAGUUCCAGGUACUCACAGAUCGCUAUGGUUUCAUCUACAAUCCUACUGACGCCGACAUUCGUCUGCUUCGUCAAGCAAGGAAGGCUUCAGCGCCCGCCCCUGCCACUCUCACCGGGGUCAAAGUCGGCAUCCGCGCUCGCGGUGGUACGGACAGCCAAAGUGAGAAUGACAAGAACGACCCUGAUUUGGAUACUGCCGACUCUGAGGAUGAGGAGCUGGAUCUGUCUCGUGCGGUGAACGAGCGGCUCAAGUCAGUGGCUCCGCAGUUCGAUCACAACGACGUAAAGCUCCAAUUAGGUUCUCGCUCGACUUCGCCAACUCCAUCGACCAGUGCCACCUCUGCCGUCGAGGGAGCCACGUCCGAUGAUGGCGCAGCUACUGACAGUGCCAGCACCAAGGCUAAGCAAGCCAAGCGUCGCAGCAACUUGUUGGCUGUACCGGACAGUAAACCAGUUCAAGCAGAGGUCCUUGCCGUCAGUGCAGUCUCCAAACCCUCGUCUGCGUCGCCUUCUCGCAGAAGUCCCAGCAAGCCACGCCGUGGCGCACGAUCCAAUGCAUCUUCGAGGUCGAGCAGCCCGGUUAAGGCGAGCGCCACGCCUGGAGGUGCCGCCCAAUUGGGCCUGCCUUCGGUCUCCAACACAGUCCGGAGACUCCUGACGCAGCUUAAGGACAUGCAUGACACGCAACAGGUCGAGCAAAAGCAACGCUGGGAUGCUUUCCUAGAACGCAGAAGAGCUAACCUGCAGGCUGCUUCGAGCGAUGCAAAUGGCGUGAAUAGCAGCACAAGCAGCAACACCAUAGCGCAGGCAAACAGCAGCGCUGCAAAGCCAUCUGUGUCAAGUUCGACCUCAAAGACGAAGGCGCUGCUGGCAGGAACUCUGUUCGGCGGUGCACCAGCAGAAGGAGCUAAAGCACUAGGUUCGGCGGAGAAAGCUCCAGAAGAGGAUUGGUCUUCUGGCAUGGUUGGUGUCAAUCGUAUGGGCGACUCAAAGAGCGGCAAAGAGUACUGGCGCGAGUUCCUUACACUUUGCCAAACUGGCAUACCGCUCUGCUACAGGGCAAGGAUCUGGGCGGAAUGCAGUGGCGCAAACGACAUCGCCGAACCUGGUCGCUAUCAGGAGCUACUCUCGGAUCAUCAAGGCGAGACAAACGAGUGUUUGACGCAGAUUGACCUCGACGUGCAUCGCACCAUGCCAACUAACAUCUACUUCGGAGGUGAUGGUCAGGGUGUACCCAAGCUGCGUCGUCUACUGGUCGCAUUCAGCUGGUACAACCCAAGCACUGGCUACUGUCAGGGCAUGAACAAUCUGGCCGCAACGCUUUUGCUGACGCAUGCGACGGAGGAAGAGGCUUUCUGGGUGCUGGUAUGCUUGAUAGAGAAGAUCCUGCCGAGCGAGUACUAUACGUCGCAUCUCCUUGUCUCGCAGGCUGAUCAGAGGGUCUUGAUCGAGCUGGUCAGCGAGCACAUGCCACGUCUGCACGAGCACAUCAGAGAGCUUGGUGUCGAUCUGCCAGCGAUCACAUUCGCAUGGUUCUUGUCGCUCUACACCGACUGUCUUCCCGUCGAGACGCUGUUUCGUGUGUGGGACGUCAUGUUUGUCGAAGGGAUGGUGAUCCUGUUCCGCGUCGCCAUGGCCAUUAUCAAGCUGUACGAAUCCGAGCUGCUCGCAACAACGUCCGCUUCGUCAUUCUACGGCCUCGCACACUCACUCACUUCGCGCCUUUUCAGCGUCGACAAGCUCAUCCACUUGGCCUGCAACGAGCUCAAAGCAUCUAUUCGUUAUGCCAACAUCCUCGAAAAGCGAGAACGUCAUGUAGCAGACCUUACCGCCGAGCUCGGCCUAGACCUUGCCGGCACUUCUGACUCUUAG